AUGGGUGAAAAUUUCAUGAACAUGCUAAACCCAGAUGAUCGUUGUUCUAACAUACCUGUUAUCAUACCUAUAAUAACCAACCAUUAUGAAGAUAUAACACCUCCAGAAAAUCUAGAUUUUGAGAAUAAUUUUAAUUUUGAAGAUAUGUUAUUGGAUGCUGAGGAAGUUGUGCAACAAGAUGAAGAAGAACAAGAUUUACUCCAAAGAGCCAUCCAUGAGGCAGAUUUGCCCAUGGAGUGGGAAGAUUUUUUUGGAGUCUGUAAUACAGCCUUCAUCUUCUUUCAUAGUUGGUGUGGAGGCUGAAUUACAUAUUGCCAAUAAUCUAUCUUUCGAUAUUUGGGAAACAACAGUCAUUGAGUAUUUUGAUCUAGUGGCCCUGUCACUCUGCUCAGUCUCAGUGAUUGCUGACAAUACAUUUACUUGUUUCACAGCUUCACAGUGUCAUUCCUUCCAUUCCACGCAUGUAUACGAAUGCAUCUAUUGUCAAAUCUCAUUUCUUGAUGAGGAUUUACAUUUAUUACAUAUGUCCCAUCGUGUAGACAAUAUAUGCCUUUGUGCUACAUGCGGUACAAAUUUUGCAAAUUACAAAUUGUUAGCUUUACAUCUUAUGAAUCAUUUUUAGGGAGUUGAGAGAUAUGAGU